GGAGUACCUUUCCAUGAUGCAUCAUCAGAAAGGCAAAAGCAACUGGAAAUUGAAAGAACUACAAAAUGGCUGAAGAUGUUGAAGAGCUGGGAGAAAUAUAAGAACACUGAAAAGUUUCAUAGGAGAAUUUAUAAAGGGAUUCCAUUACAGCUGAGAGGGGAAGUCUGGUCUUUGUUGCUUGAUGUCCCUAAGAUGAAAGAAGAAAUGAAAGACUACUAUAAUACCUUAAAAACUCAAGCAAGAGGGAGCUCUCCAGACAUCAGACAGAUUGAUCUUGAUGUGAAUCGGACGUAUCGAGAUCAUAUCAUGUUCAGAGACAGAUAUGGAGUUAAGCAGCAAUCUCUAUUCCAUGUUUUAGCUGCAUAUUCUGUGUAUAAUACGGAGGUUGGUUAUUGUCAGGGAAUGAGCCAGAUCACAGCUUUGCUCCUUAUGUAUAUGAACGAAGAAGAUGCCUUCUGGGCCCUGGUGAAACUGCUGUCAGGACCCAAGCAUGCUAUGCAUGGUUUUUUUAUUCCUGGUUUUCCUAAGCUGUUGAGGUUUCAAGAGCACCAUGAAAAAAUAAUGAAGAAAUUUUUGUCUAAACUUAAACAGCAUUUUGACUCCCAGGAGAUCCACACAAGCUUUUACACAAUGAAGUGGUUUUUCCAGUGCUUCCUUGACCGUACUCCCUUUAGGUUAACCCUCAGGAUCUGGGAUAUCUACAUACUUGAAGGAGAACGUGUUCUCACUGCAAUGUCUUACACCAUCCUGAAGCUGCACAGAAAACAUCUGAUGAAAUUGCAAAUGGAAGAACUUGUAGAAUUUCUUCAGGAGACACUUGCCAAAGAUUUCUUCUUUGAAGAUGACUUCGUAAUAGACCAGCUCCAGAGUUCCAUGGCAGAGCUGAAGCGAGCAAAGCUGGACCUCCCGGCAGCAGGUAAAGAUGAUGAAAUUCCAAAGAAGUUGGGGAAAUUCCCACCUGAAUCUCAGCCUGCCAUGCUGAAUCUUACUCAUCUGCUCAAUGGACAGAGUAGCACGAGCGGGUCGAACAAUAUCCAGGCUAGCCAGAGAACAGGACACAAAGUGCCUUCAGAAAGAGGUGAAGAAAGCUCCCCAAGAACAGCUCUAGAGAGAGCACAAGAAAACUCACCAAACCACCAAAGAAGGAAAAAUUCUCUGGAGAAGAGGCCUUCUUUGAGACAACAAAAGCCUGUAACAGCAAAUGUGCGGAGUGGAUUGCCAAAGCAUGACCCCGAGAGCCACAGAAAAAAACAUGAAGUUCAGUCAGAGUCUCAUUCCCAGCAGAAUCACAAUGGAUCUGCUAACCAAAAUUCCAAUGCUACUUUAAACACAGGAAAGGAAUUUGUGCCCAGGUGGAUUAAACCUUCCGAUAUGAAAAUUAUUGAAAAAACUACAAAACUCACCAUGGAGAUCAAGAGCCGAUCUGCAAAUCUUACCAGUUCAGCAACGCCUCCUAGUCCUAGUGGUGAGGCACAGUCCUUUAAUGUAAAGCAAAAGAUGAGAGUCUUGGAUGUCGACGAAGGUAAGCGAGGGUCGAACGCAUCACAGUAUGACAAUGUUCCUGGUGCUGAUCUAGAGAGUAACAACUUGGUAGAUGAGGCAAUUGAAAGGGCUAUCCUGCAAAGUCCAAGAAACAUAGCUUACUCUAGUAGUUCAGCAAAGCUGGCAGAGAAAACAUCUAGUCCACCAAAAAUUUCCAACAGUUAUGCAUUCAGCUCACAACCAAGAAUCCCCAGAUUUUCUUCGCAGUCUGAUGGGGCAGACAUUGGACAUAAUAUUAAACAACCUCCACCUUCUUACAGCAAUCCACCUGUUUACCAUGGAAACUCUCCAAAGCAUGUUAACACCAUAGUUCAUUCCAGUUUCACAGCCACACAGUAUAAUCUCGGGAAUCGAACCAACUCCCCCAUGCAUCAACCAUACAUCUCUGACUUUCCAACAGAGAUGUUGCCUAAUAAAUCACAUAGAAAUUAUUCAGUCAGUCACCAGAAUCUUGUUGUGAAACCUUCUAGUCGAAUAGAAGUUCUCCCAGUUAACAGUUCUGCAAGCAGUCCUAAAUCGACGACAGGCAUCAGAUUUGAUAUUCCUCCAGCAGAUUAUUUCCCAGACAAUAGAAAGUGGCGAGAUCCAGCUUAUUUGUAUAGACAGGAUGUUUAUGGGCAAUUAUGGAGACAAGAUGGCAGCCAAAACCAUUUGGGUAACUUGUUUCAAGCAAUGCCUGUUAAAGACCACAACCUCCCCACCAUUUCUGUGGAUAGUCCUAUAAAAUACAGGACUUCCCCAAUUCCAGAAGAACUUGGCUCACCGCUCUAUCAAUAUGCAAGGCCCUCAGGCCCCACCCACCACUACAGACAUCAAACCGACGGAUUGUCCAUGCAUGAAUCAGUCUUACUGUGAGAAAUAACGUCUGCUCAUCUGAAAGACCAGGAGAAGAAUGUGCAAGGUUGAGUUGAUUGUUGCCAGCGCAAGAGUAUUAGUACUCCUUUAUAUGGAACAAUUCAGAUGACACUUUUCUGUAGCUGUGCUUAAAUGUUGACAAAAGCUCAAACGAGCCUUGAAUACUACAAAAAGAUUGGAUUCUCAUAAACAUAGCAAUAGCUUUAUAUGUUCAUUGUAACUACUGUGGCAGUUGUUUGUUACAUUUUAAGUAGUUGACUUGGGAAAUGACCUUGCCUAAAUCCUGUAAGGUCCCAUGCCUCUGUAAGCUGCUUGUUGAGUUGACAGUACAAUUCAUUAUGUGCCCCCUUGGGGCAAGAGAGUUAUAUAGUCUAAAAUGGAAAUGUAUGUGUUCUUGGACUGUGUCCACAAAGUACUUCAUUAUUUUAUUUUUAUUUUAUUUUAAAUUAAUUUAUAAACAUCCCAUUCAUUUAGGAUGAGAUUUCUCUUGGCAUUCUUUUAUAUAUACUGCCUCAGCAACCUAGGAAUGAGAAUUCCCAGUUAUCCAAUGCAAUCUCCAUACAAGGAUGCUGUUGCCUAUUGCUCAGCUAGAAAGAAGCUGGUUUAGCAUCCAAAGUGAAAGCAUUCUGAUGCAGCCUAUAUGUGGUGCUUCUAAAAUCAGGACUGCCUAUGAAUUGUAGCACGGAUCUAGGGUGCCAGUGAUAUUUGAGCCCUCAUCCACAUUCAUGUAGCCAAAGGCAGAUCUGCAGUGUGGUGGUCUUUGUUCUAAAAGUCUCUCAUAUGUAUGUUAAUGGGGUAAGGUUAGAGGAGUGGUUAAAGCAGCAUGGACAUUUUUAGCACUUAGCAAUGCUAAUGUAUCUGUCCAUGAGUGCUUACUGAGGGCACAUACAGAGAGCAUGCACGUGGCAGGGCUGAGUUCGUGCUGGCGCAUCCCAUUCCUGCUGCCACUUGCAUGUUGGGUUGCAUUAUUGCCUCUUCACAUUGAGCCACAAACCAUACAAUUGAUAUGUCUCAAUUUUUCUGGUCUGUAGAGCAUACGUUUCCAGUUGAUAUGAACUGGACACUAUGCAUGUAGAACUUUGUGCAAAUAUGAACUUAGCAUGUGUGUGGCAAGUGCGAGUGGCCUGGGGCAGUGCUUAUCCUACACCCUACAUGCAUUCUGAACAUCUCUACAAAGGCCUGUGCACAAUCUAUUAAACAAGUUGCUUUUUGAUGACAGUGGCUUCAUGUAAAGUCUUUUUGUAAAUACCCAAAAGGUUGACAAUAACUGCAUGCAACAGAAGGAUAAAAAGAGUCUUUCAAGUGUAAUUCUCAUAGAGGCAUCUUGUUUCAUCCUUGACAAAAGAAGGUUUGAUUCCUUGAAAAGUUUUGGUUAUUCUGUUGUAUGUGUUGUAUGCUUUCAUAAAAAAAAAUAUCUGAGAAACAAAGGUUUUUUUUAUCACUAUGUUGCAUGCACCAUUGGAGUGCCUUUGCAUCUUGUACUGGGGGUGCCCUUUGGACCACUAAGAAUUGUUUUGAGAAUUAAGAAUUAUUUUGAGGACAAUUAAUUAAUUCCUCCUUUCACUUAGCCAGUACCUGUGCAAGCUACAUUGUUAAAGACAGGAGCCUCAUCAGGCCUUUGGUGGAUUGUAUUCUGUGUUCUGUCCUUUUGCUCUGUAAUUCUGUUUAUCUGACAUCUUCCCCACCUCCUGUCCCUCAUGUGCUUUUUUUUCUGGUACUUUAAUGUGCUUGAGCAUCUUAUUUUUCUGGAGAGCAAUAGGCAGUUAUGGCCUUGAUUGGCUGGUGCUGCUGUACCGUUAGGCCCUUAAGAGAUGAUUGUGGGUAUAAAGUCUAAGGCUGAAGUGCUCCCUCAUUGUAAAAUGGAAGCCAACAAAUUCAUUGCUCUGUAAUCAGUGCCUGCAACCUUGGGGUGUUUGCUUUUUUAUCUUAUUUUUAUCUUGUAGUUUAGGGCAAGGACAGUUGGAAGAGGGCAGCUCGGCUAAAUAUCCAAGGGGGGAAAGUUGCACUUGCCUUGAUUUAGGGGAGUGAGGAAAGUCAUUCUGAGCAGUCAUGUCCAUUGUGCCACAGAACUCCAGGCUGAGCACAUCAUUCUGCAUGAGAAGUGUCUGAAAGGGAAACCUUUCCUUUUACAGUGGAAAUGCUCAGGAUUCUGAAUCUUUGCUUUCAUUUGAGAUGGGCUUCUACUCUAGGCUGAGAUUUAUAAAGGCAGAGGCAGAUGUGAUCCAGGAGAACCACAAUGGCAUUUUUAAAAUUAAAAGCAUGUAGGGGGUUGCACACAGUUGGGUUAUAUCAGGAGAGCACUGCUGGAGGAUGAAGCAUCUAAACUUUCCAUAACUUUCUGGAUUGAAACCAUUCACCUUAAGCUGUUACAGCACUGGGAUAGAGAGAGACAACAGUUGUUUGUGUUAUCUCUUUACCCCUCAAAUCAUGGGACAGUUUUGAAUAGGGAAGUGGUUUGCAUAUGUUUAAAGUCAAGGGAUAUACUAAUAUGCCUCAUGUCUAUUUUUUUUUAAAACAAGAUGUCCAGGGAACAUGGCAUAUUCACUGUCCUCUUCUCUCAGCUGUAAGGUUGCUGCAUAACUGAUCCCUGAUAUUUGCAAAACCACAAGAACUCCACCAAGACCUGAAUCCAAUCCAGGAAAUGUUCUGCAGUGUCAUUUUUAGUUUUGAUCUCUCAAUGGCAGUUGUGCAAAAUUCAUUGCAUUUGUGUGGGUCAGGGCACUGUUUUGCCAUUGUUUUUCUCAUAGUCAUUAUGUAGCUUGGUCUAAAGCCUAGAACCAAGAUCCUCAGACUACAUGCUGGUCCGCUGCAAGUUAAAAAUGUUGGAAUGUAUAUAUGUAAAACAUUGGUAAGCUGCAUGUUGUAAAUGGAAGUGACCUUUCAUUGGGCACUCUGUUUGUGGAAAGAUAUAUGGCUCACUGAUAAUGACAACUUAGAGCAGGAGUAACUUAAGGGUAAUUUAGAACAACCCUGAUAUGCUCCUGAAUGCUUUCUAGGGGAUGUUGGAGGCAUUUUUGCCACAUCAUCUACCCACCCCAGGCACCAUUUUAGGCCUAGGGAGGGCCUUUGAGAAAAGUAGUAGUAGUAAAUCUGGAAGCUUCUGGUUGCUUCCUUUUUUGAAGAAAGGCUCUCCUGGACCUAAAAAGCCCGGGGUAUGUGUAUCUAAAAACAUGAAAAUGACCUCUCAGUCCCCAGAGGGCAUUAAGAGGCAUGGGGGGGCUCUUUGGUCUCCCGAGGGGGCUAAUGCAGUCCCCUGGCCUCUCAUGUUUGUCCACCCUUGACUUAGAAGCCCAGAACAUAUAUUUCCCACCUCAAAACCAAGUUUGCUUAGCUUGAGAACCAUCCAGCUGGAUGCAACCUGGAUGUCAAUCAAGUACCUUCUGAGCCAGCCCUUUGCAUGGUUGGUGGGUUUCAUUUGGCUGUGGAAGUAACAAAGUUGCACAGUCUUGCUCUGAGCAAUGUGUUUUAGUGCCUAUGCUCAUGGAAAGUCAGCACCAUGAAAUUUUAUGGUACUGAGCCAGCCUUUUCCAACCUGAGGACUUUGGGAUAUAUUGGACCACACCUCCCCAAAACUUUAAGUAAGCUUUGGGGAGUUGUAAUCCCAACACAUCUAGAGGAUUCCAAGUUGGGAAAAGCUACCAGAGUCUUUUAAAAAUGAAACAAAAGCAACAUUUGGCCAACAAGGUGGAUGUUUUGUGUAUAUACUGAAUCGGAUGUAAUUUUUAAUUAACCUGGCAACUGAUUUUUUAAAAAUUACGUGCAGAACACAGUGAAAUAACAGUUUAUACUGCUCUGCAGAGAAAGAAGGAAGCAAGAGGUGGUGAACCUCUGGCCUUCUAGAUGUUGCUGUAUUCCAUCAACCACAACCAUCAUGGUGUGGUCAGAAACAAUGUGAAUGGUGGCCCAACAACAUCUGGAAGGCCACAAAUUCCCCCCGCCCCCUCCCAAGUUCUAAACUGACAACCAGUACUUGGUCUUUCACCUUUUCAUUCUGAUUUAUUAACUGCCGCAUAGAAAUGUAUGUAUAUAAUAAUGUGGUUAUGUAAUCCAAGGUUUAAACUAUGGCUUUGUGAUUCAUAAUAAAUAUAAUACAAAAUAUAAGCUGUACAAUUUACUGGAUGCUAGCAUCGGAAAGACAGCUGUUCUUAAAAUUAUGUAUUGGAGUUAGUAAAUACUGUAGAUUUUUAUAUAUAAAAUAUAUACAUGCUAUUUUUCUUAAAUCAUCUUUGACAGUUUUUUUUAAAAAUUGUGUUUUCCUAUUUUGUUGCGACCUGUAUUUUUAACAUGUUAAAAA